UGAAUAGACGUGGAUCAAAUAACGCAUAACCUCCAUCCUGGUCAGCUUUCUGCCGUACACGAUCAAGACGUUUUAGCCAAAAUCUGGUGAAAGAAUAUUUCGCUUGUAAGGUGGUAAUGGCUAUCAACGUGGGUGGACUCGUUUCCAUUAUCGUGUUUUACCUGGUCAUCUUGGCCGUAGGUAUAUGGGCUGGCUGGAAACAUGGCAAGAAAAGCAACAAGGAGACGGGCACGGAGAGUGUGAUGCUGGCUGGCAGAAACAUGGGUGUGUUUGUUGGCAUCAUGACCAUGACAGCUACAUGGGUGGAUGGAGGUUACAUCAUGGGGUCGGCCGAAGUGGUGUUUACUAGUGGCGUCGUUUGGUGUCAAGCGCCGUUUGGCUACGCAGUGGCUCUUUUCUUGGGUGGACUGUUUUUUGCUGGUCCGAUGCGUAGCGCUGGCUACCAUACGAUGCUGGAUCCAUUCCAAGAAAAGUACGGAGCGAAAAUUGGAGGCGUCCUUUACUUACCUGCGCUAUGCGGUGAAAUUUUAUGGUCGUCGGCUAUCUUAGCUUCUCUCGGCUCCACGUUGAGCGUCAUCCUCGGAUUGGAUAACACUAUUGCCGUGCUGGUGAGCGCUUCAGUUGCAAUGCUGUACACUCUGUUCGGAGGUCUUUACAGCGUCGCCUACACCGACGUCGUCCAACUCUUUUGCGUCGCCUUUGGAUUGAUCCUAUGCGUUCCCUUUGCGUGGAACAAUCCUGCCGUUGACAUGAAUAGCACAAGUUCGGACACCUGGGGCGGCACCAUCGAAACACACAACAUUGGAGUGUACACCGAAAAUUACCUUUUACUCAUCAUGGGAGGGAUUCCCUGGCAGGUGUAUUUUCAACGAGUGUUGGCGUUCAGAACACCCAAACAAGCGCAGACCAUGUCUUACGUUGCUGGACUAGGAUCUAUUCUAAUGGCAGCUCCACCAAUUUUGCUCGGAGCUGUCGCUACUGCAACAGAUUGGAGUGUUGCGACGAACGGAAGCAUAAACGUCACUGCUGAGGAGAAUGGAAAAAUUAUAUUGCCCUUGGUUUUGCAGUAUCUCACACCUGCCUGGGUUUCAUAUAUUGGUCUCGGAGCGGUUUCUGCUGCGGCCAUGUCUUCUGCCGAUUCUUCUAUGCUUUCGUCUAGUUCCAUGUUUGCACGUAAUAUUUACCAAGCUAUUUUUUUCCCUUUGGUGUCCGAGCGUCACGUUGUCCGCGUUAUUUGGGUGGCAAUUGUCGUUGUGGCUGCUUUGGCUUCUUUAGUGGCUCUGACCGUCAACUCUAUCUACGGAUUGUUCGUGCUGAGUGCUGAUUUGGUUUAUGUCCUGUUGUUUCCACAACUUUUGUUGGUUAUCCAUUGGAAGAAACAUUGCAAUUCUUAUGGAUCUAUCGUCAGCAUGGUGACAGGAUUUAUCUUCCGGAUAUUAGGAGGCGAACCUCUUCUUGGAUUACCUGUAAUCCUGGCUUAUCCUUAUUACGACCCCGAGUUGGGCCAGUUAUUUCCAUUCCGGACGUUGUGCAUGAUCAUAGCGCUUGUAUCGCACAUGUUCGUAUCACUAUUGGCAUCUUGGAUAUUCAAAAAAAAUUACCUUCCAAUGAAAUGGGAUGUCUUGCAUUGUUUUGACACCCCUGACGAGUCCUGUGCCUCACCGUCAGUGCGUCAAAAUUCAAGCAUUUUAGAGGAGAAAUCAGUGGACGACAAUUGCAACUGCCAAUUAAGUAGCAACUCGUCAGCAGUUACCCUGUCAGCAGAAGAAUUUGAGCUCACUACAACGCAUCAAGGGCAGAUCAACCCAACAUUUACGUUUUAGCUGUCAUGAAAUUAAGCAACCGUUUCAUCUUGCCACAUGAUUAAAAUACCCCCAUCUAGUUGUUAAACAGGAUAGACUAAAUUUGCCAAAGUAGAGUACUAAUAUUCGUGCAUCCGCUUAUUCAAGUGUUGUCGUUGUGUGUUAUCAAUUACUAUAAAAUAUAUCUC